GCUGCCGCGAGGGGAGUAGGGCGCCCGCGCGCCCGCUCGCGCCGCGCCUCGGGCCGCCUCGGCCGCCGCAGCGUCCAUGACCGCGACCCCCCGGCGGGGGACGCCCGCCCCCGCGGUCCGCCGCCGCCUGCAGUCCGCGCCCGCCGAGAAAGACAGGACAGACUCCAAAGUGAGAAUGGCUGUGACUUUGGAAGAAGCUCCGUGGCUGGGCUGGAUCUUGGUGAAAGCACUGAUGCGAUUUGCCUUCAUGGUCGCCAACAACCUGGUUGCUAUUCCAUCCUACAUCUGCUACGUGAUUAUACUUCAGCCCCUGCGCGUGCUGGACAGUAAGCGGUUCUGGUAUAUUGAAGGAGUCAUGUAUAAAUGGCUUUUAGGAAUGGUGGCUUCCUGGGGAUGGUAUGCUGGAUAUACAGUGAUGGAAUGGGGGGAAGACAUUAAAGCAAUUUCAAGAGAUGAAGCAAUGAUGCUGGUGAAUCAUCAGGCCACAGGAGAUGUGUGCACACUGAUGAUGUGCCUCCAGGACAAAGGACGGGUUGUUGCUGAAAUGAUGUGGUUGAUGGAUCAUAUUUUUAAGUACACAAACUUUGGAAUUGUUUCUCUACUUCAUGGAGACUUCUUUAUAAGACAAGGAAGAUCUUACCGUGACCAACAGCUGCUACUUCUCAAGAAGCACUUAGAAAAUUAUUACAGAAGCAGAGGUCGAAAAUGGAUUGUUUUGUUUCCAGAAGGGGGCUUCCUCAGGAAGAGGCGAGAAACAAGUCAGGCAUUUGCCAAGAAAAACAACUUGCCAUUUCUUACACAUGUCACUCUGCCAAGGUGUGGGGCAACAAAAAUUAUUUUGAGUACACUUGUAGCACGACAGGAAAAUGGAAGUCCAGCAGGAGGAGAUGCUAAAGAAUUAGGCAGCAAAUCAAAAGGCCUCCAGUGGAUAAUAGAUACAACUAUAGCCUAUCCUAAAGCUGAACCUAUAGAUAUUCAAACCUGGAUUCUUGGAUACAGGAAACCAACAGUCACACAUGUACAUUACAGGAUCUUUCCAAUUAAAGAUGUACCCCUGGAGACUGACGACCUUACCAAUUGGCUGUAUCAACGGUUUAUUGAAAAAGAGGACCUCUUAUCACAAUUUUAUGAAACAGGAGCUUUUCCACCUUCCAAAGGCCAGAAGGAAGCCGUGUCCAGGGAGAUGCGCCUCAGCAACAUGUGGAUAUUUCUCAUACAGUCUUUUGCAUUUUUGUCAGGCUAUAUGUGGUACAACAUCAUUCAGUAUUUCUACUAUUACCUGUUUUAGGAAUUGACUUGGACUUGUGAAGGUCGCCAUAGGAGUUCAGACUUUCUUUCAUAAGUGUGCAUUAUUUUACAUGUGCAACUCAGAAUAUGUAAAAAAAAAAAAAAGAGCAAAGGAAAUUCAAUGGAUGGAUUAAUAUUUAUCCCCCUUUGGGAUAUUUUAAAAUUCUACUAAAAUGAGGCUUAGUAAUAUAAUGACCUGCUAAUAUAUUUUAAGAACUGUUCAUGUUUUAAAAAGAUACCCUCUACCACAUAUUUACGCAAACAUCACAUUUGGAGAAGAGGAAAUCAUAAAAUCAUCCUAGAAGACCAUCUGAGAGAAAUUCUGUUGCCACCAGAUAUACUUGGUCAUUUAGUUCAAGCUCAGAAAGUUGUAUUAGUCCCUCUUAGCUAGUAGUCUACGUUAGGGCAGUACUCUAGAACGCCCUCAUUUCUACCAACUCGUGCUGUUACUAGAAACCUUGAGGGGAGCUGGUUAGCACCUUCCGAAGAACUGUUUCCCGUCCUUUGCAGUGACAAACUCCAGUCCUUAACAACUACCAGAGGUACAUUGUUGGCAUUCUCUGUGGGGGAAAAGCAGUGUCCGCUGAACCCACUCUGGUACUAGAAUGUGUUCUUUACAAAGGUCAGCUCAGCCCAACGCUGUGUUUACAUGCACUAGUGCUUUCCCUUGUCUGAUUUCCCAUUUUAUGUAGAAGACAUAUCAUAGAUUGAUAAUUGUAUUUUAUAAAAUGCACUUUUAUCAGAGGCAAAUAGAGCAAAGGAUUAGUGAUACAGCCCGAAAACAAAUGUCAGCAUAUCCGUGAGAGGCUGUCUCGUCUCUGGUGUUCACUUACCUGCCAGCAGAGCUCCGCCCUGCGUGGGUCAUCUCCCAGACGUGACACCUCUAUUUGUAGCUUAGAGGCUUGUUUGGGUUUUUUUUUCAUUUUGACAUUUGUACUAAAUGCAUUUGGGGAUGGUCGAAACAAAUUAAUAUAAAACAUUUAAAUGACCAAUUUAAGGGGAAAUAGUCUAGUUCAUGAGAAAAAUGGGAGCUAGUGGCUUAUAAUGGUGACGGGUUCUCACGUGGCACCCCCCAGAACCCGUGCCGACAGUAGUCUGUUCUGUCAUCACAUUGAGGAGCUGCCCCUCUCAGGGUGCGUGUAACCAGGAGAGCGACCAGCACAGAAGGCUUCCCAGUCUCUUCCAAUUGCUUUUGAAGAGGAUAAAGUCAAGUUUCUAUUUCUAGAAAACAUGUUUAAAAAUUUGUCACUGUGUCCAUGUGAUUUACCUCACAGGAGAACCAUACUCUUCUCACAAAGUGCUGGUACUGUGUCAGUGUUGAGGUAGAGUGUGAGUUUUGGUUUGGGAUUGUAAGACUAUUAAGAUCCUAGCAAGUCAGUGGUAGUUUCCUAUGAUACGAGCAUUGUAGAUUCCUUGUUGUCACUAGUCACACAAAUAACAAUUCUGAGAAGUAGGCUAUAAAAAAAUAAAAGCUUAAUGUUUUCUAUUUUUAAAUAAACCAAAAAAACUGAAGCGAUGUGAAUCUUCCCCCAGUUGUGUGGGAACGGCAAAGCAACACCAAAUACAAGCCCACAGCAGCUUCAUCUGUAGAAUAACUCAGUGCAUACGUGAAAGAGAAUGGUGUGUUACCUGAAAUACCUCAUCGAAUAUUAUGCUACUACUGGGCAAAUGCAGAAGACAGUGUUAAUGCGUUUGGUUUGGUAAUGGUUGUUACGAAAGGUAAUGUCCUUGAAAUCUAAGGAUUUCAUUCUGUGUCCUGCAGUGACAGUGAACAAGUGAAACCAGUUUUGGUUUAGAGGUAUGGAUGAAGGUCGGAGGCCACGUAGAAGCAUGAGUGCUUCUGUGUGAGGCCCAGCAAACACUGCUGAGCUCCAAGAUGAAUUGGAAGUGUUCGUUUGAGAGAUGAGCCAGCCAUCUGGGGGAGCAGGUGCUCACUGUCAAGUACAGCAUGCGCAGUCUAGCCAGGAGACCUUUCCCCAUUGCUGAAGCAAACCACGGGGGAGGGUAGCCAGUUCUCCUAUCCAAAUAAACAUGCGUACAUAAAUGUGGCUUAGGGCCACUUUGACAUCACUGUGCUCCAAAGGAACAUGACAUUGUUUAGUAUACUGUACAUGUUAAACUGUCCUGUAAGAUGCUCUACUUUUGAAGUGCAGUCUCAUUUCCACAGUCUCCAGGGUGACAAAUACCAAUAGAUGUGUGAAUUAAUUUUUGAAAAUAGAUCUGUGUGUUGUAAAUAGAUGUGUAUUUGAUCUGCCCUAUCCCUCUUUGAUUCUUUAUCAACAUGUUCUCUCUCUUCUGUUUGCAAAAUACGUGUGUUUGAGAGCAUUGAUAGUGCUUUCCUUACCAGUAACUGGAGUUCUCCUGCUUGCACUAGAGAAUGUGAAGAGAGAAUCAGUGUUUAUGGCAGUCUGGGGAAGCAGCAAUAUGCCACUGUACAGAACCGAAUAAAAAUUCCUGAUUUGUACUUUCUUUGUGAAGUGGGAUGAAAGGAGGUUUAAAGGAUAUAUAUUUUGUCAAGGGGAAAGAAAAUAAAAUUGUGCCAGUUUUAUACCAGUAGCUUGUAGAAUCUCAGCGCUUCUUGUUCUUGGCUGAACUACCUAGGUUCCCAAGCAGAAGGAGUUGGGAACUCAUUGCUGGAAUCCCAGUAUCAACAAGUCACAGUGAUGGAGCAUCUCCUUGGCCAUAGGGAAGUCCAGCAGCUAUAAAAGUGACCAAGCCAGCAGUUCACUCUUAACUUCAGAAACAAUUAUUGGUGUUGAAAUAUACAUAUAUUAUGGAGAAACCUAUAAGCAAUGGGAAAGGUAAAGAAAAAUUACAGACUGGAAAAUGAUAAUUGGGUGGACAAAUUAGUUGAGAGUCUAAAUAGUAGAUUUUUAAAAAAGAUAGCUGUGAGUUCAGAUCUAUCAUAUUAUUAGUUUUUAAUAUUACAACCAACUCUUAGUUUUCCACAGUAAAGGAAGUAGGCAUUACUAGAUAAUUAAUAACUGGAUAGUUAAUCCAGUAAUAACUGAUAGGUAAGCCAAAAAUCUAAUUUCAUUUAGGAGUUUGAAUUUUUAUUCCCAUCAAACAUUUUUUUUCUCUUAGGGAUGCUUACUAAUUUUUAAAAAAUUAUUUGAGUUGUUUAUUAGUUUCUUUUGCAUAUGUAUUUAUGACUGUGUUAGCAAGUAGUGAAAUGAUAUGGAAAGACAGCUAUCCGGAAAAGGAAAUACAGAAGCCUGAAGAAUCCACGGGGUAGAAAAGGCAUCCCUGAAUAGUCAAGAGUUGGUGGUAUUGAAAUUGUUCUCAAGCCUUUUUAUGAAAGUGAGAUCUUAAAUCACCAAAUGUAAACCUCAGAACAUCAUUCUAGUGUUGCUGUCUUUGGGUUGAUGUUAGAUUGCCUCUUCAUUCUUUACUCAUGUUGCACACUUCUUGUGGAUUUGUCUUCUUAAUGUUUUUUGACAAUCACUUCCCUAAAGACUCUUCUGAACUAGUUAGACCUGGUUAUAAUCCUAGAAAGUAGUCUUUAAUCAUGGAUAGUCUUCUUGGACUCUUUAUAUUUGAAAAGAAAAUGUUUUAUUUGCACUACUGAAUAGGAAGAGUUAAUUGUUUUCUUCGUUCUUUUCUUUGAAAUCAUGACACAGGUCUUCACUCCAGAGUUACCAUUACGAGCACGUUCAGCUCUGGUCCACAAAGGCUGGAUAAAAUGGUUUGUUAUAUUUUUUGCCCUGCAGUGCUGUGAGCCUUACAUCUGUUAGCAUGAAAGGCAAAAUCAAAAGCAGCACCGGGCAGCGGGAGGCAUAGAGACUACCAUGUUUAGGACCAAAACCACCUGAGUUGGAAACUUCUAGAUCACAAAGAGGCCAGUUAUUCUCUGGAGCAGUCAUUGGUUGGUGCUUUAUUGUAGUUAUUUUGCACCAAUCCCCAACAAUUAGGAACUGAACCCUGGGAAUAAGCUGAGGGUGCUGAACUGUUGGGGGAGGGUGACUGUAGCCAUAUGGAAGAUAAAAUAUGGGUUUUUCUGCAAAAUUUCCAUCUGAGGAUUUUUACAUUUCAUAUUUUUUAAAGACAGUUUAGAGAGCAAAAAAUUUUUUUAAGUGUAUCUAGUUGCAAAGUAUGUACACAUAUCUUGAAUGGCUUUAUUUUUAUUGUGUAAAACUGUUGAACACGUGACUGUGAUGCACACAUUCUUUACAUGUAAGGAGUCUAUGCAUUUUACAGUAACUUAUUUUAUGAUUGGGUAAUGAGAUGGUUAUACAUUCAACUGCCAUUAUUUUUGUUAAAUGCUUUCAUUUUCUUUACUGUUAUUACAAAAUUGUAUUUAUUUUAUACAGAUAGCUUUUUGUUUUCCUGAUGCCGUAAUGUUUACUUAAGCUUAUUGACCUUUCUUUCUUUGUGUAUCUGCAUGUUGUAAUGUGUGGUAAGAAUGAAUGUAAAGGCUGUGGCAACUGUAAUUAAUUUUUGUAAAGGGCUGGUCACAUGUGGAUCUGGUUUGUGAAUGCAUUUGGGAUGAUUUUAAUAACCAGAUCACCUUUUCAGAAAUUUAGAUGUGAACACCAAACGAAGCAUUUUCUCAACAAAAAUUAAUAGCUGGUUCUAUUUUUUUUUAACCUAGAAAAAAUAAAGUUGAUUUUUUUCAA